AUGACAAAGGAAUUGCCAUCUGGGUAUUUUCAAGGUCCCUUUCGACCAUACAAAACUUUCCAACCAAGUCUUACCGAACGACCAUUAUCCAAAUUCGAACAAUUUGCAGUGUUUUCCAUAUUACUUAUUUCAUUAAUUCGAUUAUACAAAUUAUACAUCCCUGAUAGAGUAGUAUUUGAUGAAAUUCAUUUAAUUAAAUAUAUAAAAAAUUAUUAUGAUGGUAGUAUAUUUGUUGAUAUUCAUCCACCUUUAGGGAAACUAAUUUAUUUUUAUAUCACGAAAUUAUUUCUGUUUGAUAAAGAUUUCCAAAUUGAUAUUAUUGGGGAUUUGUAUCCUGAAGAUUUCCCAUAUUUAUGGCUAAGAUUAUUCAGUGGUAUUUGUGGCAUUGGACAUGUUUUAUUGACUUUUUUCACAUUAAGAAUAACUUGUAACCUGGUUAUUUCGAUUGUUAUUACUAUUUUGAUUUGUUUGGAAAAUUCAAUGGUGACAGUAUCGAGAUUGAUCUUGUUAGAAGGUCCGUCAUUAUUUGUCCAAAGUUUGGUGAUUUACAAUUAUAAGGCAUUCACUACUCGUAUUCCAUUUACUGGAUGCUGGUACUUCAAUUUAUUCGUUACUGGGAUAGCCUUGGGGUUAAACAUCUCGUUGAAAAUUUCAGGAUUGUUUACAUUUGCAUGGGUUGGAAUAUUGACAUGUGUACAAUUAUGGGAAAUUUUGGGUGAUUUGAGAAUUUCUAUUUGGCAAUUCAUCAAGCAUUUGGUUUUACGUGUGGUUGCAUUUAUUAUGGUCCCAUUGACCAUAUAUUGUUCAGUAUUUUAUAUUCAUUUUGAAAACCUUCCAAACGAAGGACCUGGAUCGGGAUUUUUAACACCACACUUCAGAUCAACUUUGGAUGAUUAUCAACAACAACCAUUACAAGUUUUAUAUGGAAGUACUAUCACUAUAAAACAUAAUGCAUUAGAGAAAUAUUUGCAUUCACACGAUUUGACAUAUCCCAGAGGAUCGAAUUUACAACAAGUGACACUAUAUGACUUCCCUGAUGUCAACAAUGAAUGGGUAAUUGAAACAAAACAGAAAUAUAAUGAAGAAAAAUUGAUGACUGAUCAAAGAGAAGUAAAAGAUGGUGAUGUUGUUAGAUUGUACCAUAAAGCUACUGGACAUUAUUUACAUGUCAAUGAUAUUCGUCCACCUAUUUCUGAACAUGAAUAUAGUUAUGAAGUAAAUGGGAAUGAAACUAGAGGAUUAUUGGGUAAUGAAGAUUAUGAGUUUAAAAUCCGAAUGUUGGUAAAGAAACCUCAUGCGGAAAAUGAUUUGCCCUUGAUUAAAUUAAGAACCACAGAGACUAUUUUCCAAUUAAUCCACCAAGCGACUCGUUGUAAUCUUAUGAGUCACGAACAGAAACUACCAGAUUGGGGUGAAUAUCAAAAUGAAGUAUUGUGUGUAAAAGAACCUACAAUCCCCAAUACAUUAUGGUAUGUCGAACUGUCAUCACAUCCAUUACUCAAAGAUACCAAAAAAUUGAAAACUUUCCCUAAAUUUUCAUUUUGGUCAAAAUUGAUCGAAACCCAUAAAGUCAUGUUUAAUUUAAAUAAGGGGUUCACUAAUCCUCAUCCAUAUGCUUCUAAACCACUUGAUUGGCCACUUUUAUCUAGAGGUAUUGCCUUUUUCAGCAACUACAAUUUGAAAUCAAUCGAUGAAGAAUCAAGUCUAAUUUAUUAUUUAGGAAAUGUUGCCAUUUAUUAUCUGGUAUUUUUUGUGGGUUUAAUAGCUAUAUUCAAAUGUGCCAUUUAUUCGUUUAUAAAGUUAAACCCUUAUGCAUCUCCUCCAUCAUCAUCCAAAUCAUCACCAUAUGCCAACUUUUACAACAAUUCCUGGCCAUAUUUGGUGGGAUGGUUUAUUAAUUAUAUUCCUUAUUGUCUCAUGUCAAGAAACUUAUAUUUACAUCAUUAUUUACUGGCAUUAAAUUUUGGAAUAUUAUUAUUAAGUCAAUAUUUGAAUUAUCGUGUCGCUAAAAACAAAAUUAUUGGUGGUAUAAUAACUGCAACAAUAUUUGUCAGUGCAAUAUACUGCUUUUAUGAAUUUAUACCAAUCACAUAUGGAUUGCCAUGGACAUUAGAUCAAUGUAAUUCUCAUAAAUGGUUUCCAAAUUGGGACAUUGAUUGUAUGACAUAUACAGGUUAA